GACACUCGCUCUAACAGCGGAGAGAGGACAGACGGGACAGACGGGACAGACGACUUCCACAGGGACGCACAAAUACUGCUCCCCCCCCUCAAAGCACACCUCCGCGGCUCCCCGGGAACAUGAGCCGGGUUGCCUCAGCUCUCCGGCGGACGUUUGGGAUCGUACGCGAGCACGUCGGGACGGAUCAUCUGGGGAACAGAUAUUACUCUGUCCCUGAGCAGAAGACAUGGACAGGAAGACUUGUCCGUGCCAAGCGGAUGGUAGAAGCAGCCAAUCCCACAGAAUACGAAUAUAUAGAAGGCAGCAUUCCGAUGGAGUGGGACGCUUGGAUCCGAGGCAGACGGAAGGAGCCCCCCUCCGUCGAGGAGCUGCUGAAGAAUGAGUCUUACAGGGAGCAGAUCAAGCUGAAGGCCAAGGAUGUGGAGGAGAAAGAUCUGGCUCUGCAGGCGAAGGAGUAUGAAGAAGGGCUGGUGGCGACUCCUGCGAGGACUUUAGCUGAAGGUCACGCAGCCGCCACUAGUUUCGGGAAGCAGGAGAUCAGGGAGGACCCCACCAGCACUGCAAACACAUUUCAGCCUGGCUCCUGGUUGCCCACUUCCAAGAAAUAGACAGAGAUGUCCACACACACUGAAGCUGCUGUGCAGUAUAAUAUGAACUGAACAGAAAAGCCCUACAAUAAAGACUCCCUUUGUGAAAGUGAUACAUCACAUCAUCCUGCAUUAUGUUUCACAGAGGAAGUGUUUAUUUCAGGACAGUUUUAUUGGUUUGCUUUACAUCCUUAAGGUUUCCAUUUUUGUUGUCUCAAUAUAUUGAAUACACACAAAGACAUCCUCUUGAAGCUGUGAUGAGUUAUUUAAUGUAGUUGAAAGGUUUGUUAGUGAAGAAAAACACUGAAAUUGCUCAUUAGUACAGCGGCUACAAAUGUUUCAGGCAUACUGAAACAAAUAAUUCUGUUAAUUAAAUUGGUAUCACAUCUGUACUGAGGCAAAAUCAAAAAUGUUUUAAUUACACAUCAAGAAUUCAGCUAUGUCCAAAGAAAUGAUGCAGAUGUAAUUAGCCUUCAGAAAAUAAAGGGUUUAAGUGUAAAGAUGAAAAGAACGGGAUGUGGUGAAAGCAGGUGGGAAAGUAAACGCUGUGGGAAAUAUAAAAAAAACAUGUGAAAUGAAAUGUGUUCAGUCCAAUCCACGGUGUAAUGAGACUGUAGUAACAAUAAAUGCUGUGUUAAUGGUUCUGUUCAUCAA